UGCAAGACAACGGGCAUUUGACAGCACAAUAAACUCUCUCAAGUUUACGACCAUUAUAUUUUUAUUUGUCCGGUUACGUAUUCCUCAACUUACUUACUUGAAGAGUUUCUAACUUUACUUGAAAAGUUUGUUAUUACAGAUUAAUAUUAAAAUGCAUCUGUGGGUUUUCUGCGCCUCUGUUAUUCUGGUGCCUCUGCUGUGCGAUGCGCGGAUCUCUAAGCGUUAUGUGAUCGGCUGUCCGGAGCGCUGCGAUAAGAGUCUGUGUCCGCCCAUACCGGCCGACUGUCUGGCCGGAGACAUCCUGGACCAGUGCGACUGCUGCCCGGUGUGCGCGGCCGGCGAGGAUGAGCCCUGCGGCGGUACAGGGAAGCUGGGAGACCCGGAGUGUGGAGAGGGUAUGGAAUGCGCCGUGUCUGAGGGGGUCGGAACAACAACUACCGUGAGGAGGAGAGGAAAGACCGGCGUGUGCGUGUGUAAGAGCCCCGAUCCCGUCUGCGGCAGUGAUGGGGUGUCCUACAGGAACAUCUGCGAACUCAAAAGUGUCAGUAACCGGGCACAGAAACUCCAGCAGCCACCCAUCAUUUACUCUUUGUUUGCCAUGUGUUCUCCAGGCCACGAGGAUAAUCCAGAUAGCCUCCGGCACAGAUAUAACUUCAUUGCUGAUGUGGUGGAGAAGAUCGCUCCAGCUGUGGUUCACAUUGAGCUGUUCCGCAAAAUGGUGUUCACCAAGCGGGAAGUGGCGGUGGCCAGCGGCUCUGGUUUUGUGGUGUCUGAAGAUGGCCUGAUUGUAACCAAUGCCCACGUGGUAGCCAACAAACACCGGGUGAAGGUGGAGCUUAAGUCCGGGGCCACCUAUGAAGCCAAAAUCAAAGACGUAGAUGAGAAAGCAGACAUCGCUCUCAUCAAGAUAGACGUUCCGAUUAAACUCCCAGUGCUGUUGUUGGGCCGGUCAGCUGAUCUGAGACCAGGCGAGUUUGUGGUUGCUAUUGGAAGUCCGUUCUCCCUUCAAAACACAGUGACCACAGGCAUCGUCAGCACCACCCAGAGAGGGGGCAAAGAGCUGGGCCUGCGAAACUCUGACAUGGACUACAUCCAGACAGAUGCCAUCAUCAAUUACGGUAAUUCAGGAGGGCCCUUGGUGAACCUGGAUGGUGAAGUGAUAGGAAUCAACACGCUAAAGGUGACAGCAGGAAUAUCCUUCGCAAUUCCUUCUGACAAGAUCCGACAGUUCCUGGCCGAGUCUCAUGACAGACAGGCUAAAGGAAAAACAGCUACAAAAAAGAAGUAUAUUGGUGUAAGAAUGAUGACAUUAACCCCAAUACUUGCUAAAGAGCUAAAGGACAAACAGAGUGAUUUCCCAGAUGUCACCUCUGGAGCGUACGUGAUUGAAGUUAUCCCCAAAACACCGGCUGAAGUUGGUGGUCUGAUGGAGAGUGACGUCAUAAUCAGCAUUAACGGUCAGAGGAUCACGUCAGCCAGUGAUGUCAGCACAGCUAUCAAGAAAGACGACAGUCUGAGAACAGUGGUACGACGCGGCAACGAAGACGUCAUCCUUACAAUCAUUCCUGAGGAGAUUGACCCUUGACCUCCUUCAUGCUCACCCAUGAGCUGGUUCUCAGACUUUUACUGAGUGUGUGUCCGGAGCCACACUCCUUCAUAGUGAACACUUUCCAGUCCAACCAUCAUCCAGCCUGAAUAUUGUUUUUCAGCUUAGAACAGGGAAUGUCCUGUCUCACUUUUUUUCCCCAAUAUCUUCCCAGUCAUUUUCUGUUUAUUCAUUAGUAUACCAUAUUAGAAUGAGCCCUUUUAUAAAUAGAUAUGUGAAUUUAGUGCUGGCUAGUUCACUAACACUCCGAAACAUGUAUAAUUAUGCUGUUCCAAAACCUAGUAAGCUGCCUAAGCUUUUGAUGAGCAGAAUGAUUCCAUUCAUGGUGGUGAAUGACGCAGGUAAAUGUUGAUUAUAAUCUUAUAUUUUAUUCAUUACUGAAAAGUAUCUACUAAAAUAAUUCAAUGUAAUUAAAAUAAUUGCUUUACCCAUAUUUAUGUGUGCAAUUAAUUUUUAUGCCUCCCUUAUGAAAAUUAACCAUUGUUUUAUUAUAUUAAAAAUGUAGUAACCAAGUUUUUUGGCAGACUGAUUAGCAUUUGUAUAACCACAGUUUUACUACAAAUACCAUGGUUAAAUUAUGGUUAGUGUAGCAAAAUCAUGGUUAAUUUAUGGUUACCAUGGUUUAACUACAAUAACCAUGGUUCAUUUUCGUAAUAAUUAAUCUUAUACCGUGUAGAUGUUUUUUUGAUGUGUACUUUUCAUCUGGUUUCAUCUGAAAUAUGUCUGUCUCUAAAAUUGUUCCUGUCAGAUGUUAAAAAUAACAUGUAGAAAAUGUUUACGAUUUGAAAUGUAUGAAAACAGGUGUGUAUUGUCUGGGGAAAAGUAUUAUGCUAAUGCUAAUAUUAUGCUAAAAUGCUAACGGCUAAUUAAAGUCUCAGUGAGGGAAACUGCAUGCAGAAUGGCUGCCUAUGUGUUUUCAAAAUUGUUCAUGUAUGGCAGGUAGUUCACUAGGUUUUGGAACAGACCUUAUAUUUUGUCCUUAUGUAGCCUAUACAUCAGCAAAUCAUCAUGAAAUGUUGUUGUCUGUAUUCAGCUUUCUACAUAUUUUUAUAUUUACACUCAGAUCUCAAACUUGACAUUAUUUGAAACAGAAUUGUGGGCCAUUAGAGGAUGACUAUUAUCUUGGAAUACCAUCUCUUCCUUAAAUGUGUGUCUGUGUUUGUCAGACGGCAAUUUCUGAAAUGAAAUUAAAGAAGGUUAAAUUUUUUAAA